UUCGGUCCCGUUUCCCUCCAUGGUUUCUCCUUUGCCUGAGUAAGUUGGCGUUUGGUUCACUUCAUUAUACAGUCCCUAUUCACCCUCCAUUAAGGCAUCUCUCCGCUUUUGGGCUGAAUAAAUUCAACCAACACCCAGGAGGACAAACUUAAAGGGGAAGAUGGACAUGAAAAAGAGGAUCCACCUAGAACUGAGAAAUAGGGCACCAUCUGAUGUACGAGAACUAGUCCUUGACAACUGCCGGUCAAAUGAAGGAAAAAUUGAAGGUCUCACUGCAGAGUUUGUGAAUCUCAAAUUCCUCAGCCUAAUAAAUGUUGGCUUAAUGUCUGUUUCCAACCUUCCCAAGCUUGGUAAAUUAAAACAAUUGGAGCUCAGUGACAACAGAAUUUCAGGGGGACUCGAUGUCCUGGCAGAAAAACUUCCAAACCUCACACACCUCAACCUCAGCGGAAACAAACUCAAAGACAUCAGCACGUUGGAGCCUUUGAAAAAGCUAGACAAUCUGAAGAGCCUUGAUCUGUUCAACUGUGAGGUCACAAACCUGAAUGACUACCGGGAGAGCGUGUUCAAGCUGCUGCCCAAGCUCACGUACCUGGAUGGAUACGACACGGAGGACCGGGAGGCGUCCGACUCGGACGGGGACCUGGAUGGAGAUGGAGUAGACUAUGAGGAUGAUGAAGGAGAGGAUGAAGAGGAUGAUGAAGAUGGAGAGGAGGAUUUUGAUGAAGAGGAUGAUGACGAAGAUGACGAGGAGGUAGACGGGGAAGAGGAUGAUGAUGUCAGUGGAGAGGAUGAAGAAGAAGACAUUGUCCGGGUUGGAGCAGCUGAUGCUGCUGAUGAUGAUGAUGAUGACGACGACGAUGAUGAUGAUGAAGAUGAGGAGGAGGAGGAAGGAGCGAGAGGUGAGAAGAGGAAGCGUGAGGCAGACGACGAAGAUGAUGAAGAUGACGAUUAAGAGCAGACGUCCCAGUCAGUUACCCUUUCGCUCCUCCUGUUUGUCCCACCUCGGCAUGGGGUCUGUGCUCCUUUGAAAGACUAGAUUGUACCGGCUGGAGUGGCCGCGUUGAAGUGGGGUACGCAGUCAAGAACGGCGAGCCAGUGUUUCAAACGGAGCUCCUCACAGCAUUCCGCAACUACACCGUCAACUCUUUGUAAGCUCACGCGAGGACUUUGGGGACUGUUUUUUGGGGUCUGUGCUUUUAAUAAUUUGUUGGAGGAUUUGUUUUGUUGUUGUUGUUCUGUUGCUCGUUUUAUUUUUAUUUUUCGUUUGUUUCGAAUAAGUUUAUUUUUCAUUUUCCUUUUUUUUUUUGCUAUAGCAACAAAGUGGGUUGGGUCAGCCGCAACUUUUGUGUGGCCGCCCGUUGUACUCAUCAAGGUUGUAGCUAUAUUUUUACUUUCUGUCAAAAAAAAAACAAACAAAAAAAAAAAACUUUGUAAAUAAAUUCUUAACAUUA